AUGGACUAAGAAGCAUUAAUGAAAAUGCUAUAAACUUUGAUGAAAGAUUAAGGAGAAAUUAAAAUUGGAAAUUUUGUUAUUUAACAAUAGGAACCUAAAAGAAAUAAUACAACUGUGAUUUCACAUAACAAACCUGAUAUUCCUCAAUUCAGCAAAAGCUAAUAAGACAUAGAUUACAUAACAACUAAACCAAAUGACUUUGUUAAUGAUCUGUUCUUCGAUGAACCACUGCCAGAUUUGGAUUAAUUCAUUGAAUAAGAAGUAGUAUCAAAUAUUACAAUCGAUUCAUAAACGAAGCCAAACAAUGUUUAAAAAUAGUUGUUCUCUAAAACAUAUUAAAUGAUAGACAAAUUUAGUCCAAACCUUAAAGAAGAAUUUGAAAGUGCUUUAGAGUAUGAUUUUGAAUAAUUGCUUAAACCGAAAACGUCUGAAUGUUCCUCUGACACUAUGACUACCAUUACAGAUACUACAUCUAGUGAUCCUUUAAGGAAUUUCCUCAUGUCUUUGAUUCCAAUAAAAUCCUCUCUCACUCCCACAAAAUAAACUUAGAUCGAUUUUUUAUUUUUGUACUCUUAACCUCUAUUACAAAUUACAAAUAAUUCAACUAAGAAAGUGUUGUAGAAAUUGGAAAUAAACAAAGAAUUGAAUUCAAUUAAAGAAGUAUUUAUAGAUGUCAAAGCAGAAAUCAAAUUUAUGUCAACACCAGCAAGAAUGGAUAGAUUUGGAGAAGCCUUAGAUUUGAAUCCAAAAGCAUUGCAUUAUGCAGGACAUGGAAUAUAUAUGGAAUCCAAUUAAUAGUCAUAUCUCUUAUUUGAAUAAUUACAUGGAGUAGCAUAAUUAGUUUCAGCAAAUCAAAUACUUUUAUGCCUCUAAAAACUCAAAUCUCCAAUAUUAUUUGUAUUUGUAGCUAGUUGUCAUUCCAAACUCAUAGGAGAAGUCUUUCAUUAGGCUGGAGCAGAACAUGUUAUCUGUGUACAUACAAAAGAAUAAAUAAUGGAUGAAGCAUGUUGUGUCUUUGCAAGAUCAUUUUAUCAUGGUUUAAUAAAAGGACAAUAAACUGUAUGUUAAGCUUUUUUAGCUGCUAAAAAUUAAGUUAAAGUUGAAGGUAGAUUUCCUUAUGCAGAAGAAAAUAAAUUCCUUUUACUUACAAAGACUCUUCAUUAAUGUUCAACAUGGUUAUUAAGAGAAGGAGAAUUUAAAGAUCUUACUCCUCAAUAGAACUAAAACAAUCUGCCAUCUCUUGUACCUAAUUUCACUGGUAGAUCAUAAUAGAUGUAAGAAGUAAUGGAUAAAAUUAUUUAAAAUUAAUUAAUUAAUAUUAAAGGAGUAUUAGGAAUUGGUAAAAGUGCUUUAUUAAAGGAAAUAAGUAUUUAUAUAGCAUAAAGAAAUAUAUUCAAGAAUGGAGUUGUUUAUAUAUAACUUAAUUAAUGUGAUAGUUUUGAUAGUGUAGCCAGUAGAUUUGCUUAAAUUUUUAUGCCCAAUCUAACAUUAUAGAGUAAUUAUGAAAUCAAAUAAUUAAUGGUCACAUAAAUCAUUUAAACGAUUAAAAAUUAAGAAUUUCUCCUUAUUCUUGAUAAUUGUGAUCUUAUUAUGCAUUCAAAUGACCGUGAUGUUUUUGUCGACUUUCUAGAAUUAAUCUUAGCCAAUUGUAAAUGUCAUCUAUGUAUCACAAGUAGAAGUGAAAUACUUUAAUAAGGAAGAGUAAUAAAGAUUGAAGGAUUACCCUAAGAAGAAAGUGCUUAAUUAUUUAUUCAUUCAUCUUCUAGAGAAAUAACUAUUCCUGAAGUUGAAGAAUUGUUAGGUUGUAAUGAUCUUCUGAAUAAGUAUACUUGGAAUGAUAAAUUAUUGAUUUAGAAAUUUUCAAAUCAUGCUUUGUUUUAAAUUUUAGAUGGUCAUCCUUAAGGAAUAAUAUUAUCUUCAGGAUUAUUGGAGAAUUAUACUCUAAAAGAAUUAUAUCAAUAAUUAUCUUAUAAAUAAUUGAUGGAUUUACCUAUUUCAAGUAGAGUAACUGAAGAAGAAAGAAGAUCACUUAGAGUAUCAUUAAAUUUAAGUUGGGCCAAUUUAGUAGAAAGAUAUGAAAAGGCUGCUAUAUUUUUUGGUAUGUUAGGAUUAUUACCAUGUGGAAUAUAUAAUGAUGAAUUAAAUGAUGUUUGGGGACCAGGAUGGGAAAAAUUGGCAACUUAAUUAAUAAAGAGUUCUUUAUUAUUAUCAACUAAGAAAAAUACUAAAAUACAUUAUUGUUUAUAUAAUUUUACUAUUAAAUUUGCAGAGAGUAAAUUAGAUUCAAAAUAAAAAAGAGUAUAUCAUCAUAAUAUUGUUAAAUUAUUACUAAAAAAAUCAUAGACAUAUUAUACAUAAAUAGGUACAUAAGCACAUGACAUAAAUAAUUAACCAAAUGAUGAUUUCUUAGCAAUUGAAUAAAAUAUAAAAAAUGCUAUUUUUAGAGAAUUUGAAAUUAUAUCUAAUGGUUAAUUUGAAAUUGAACCUUAAAAAUAAGAAAAUAAGGAUGAGGAAAAUGAUGAUGAAACAUUUAAUCUACCUUUAACAAAAGAAAAUUUAGAAAUGAUGCAAAAAAAAUAUGAAAACAAUAGUUAAAAAUCUCAUCUUAGUUCUAAAGUUGGUUUCACUGGUUCUGUUAUAUCAAGUUUUAAAUUUGAUUAAAUUUCUGAUGAUUAUAUGACUAAUGCUCCUAAACGAAAAUCUUUUUCUAUUGCUAAAGUUGGUGUAACAAUUAGUGAAGAAGAGGAUGAAUUAUAAUCUAAUAAAGAUUAUUCAGAUAAUGGAAUGAGUAUUAAUUAUGUUGAAUCCAAACUUUUUAAAAUCAACUCCAAUAAUGUUAAACCUGAACUCAUAGAUGAUACUAGUAAUCCUUAAGAAUGUUAAAACUAAUAAUAGUUUUAAUAAUUAUAACUUCCUCAAGUUAUUUAGAGUGAUUAAACUUAAGUUUAAAAAGUUGUAGAUCCAAAAUUUAUUAAAUCUUCUCCUAAUCCUAAUCCUUUAAUUUAAAGAGUUACUUUUCUUGAUUAAUAAAUUAAACCUAUUGUAUAGGAAAUGAAAAAGUCAAAAAAUGAAGAGGAUGAAAAACAACAUCAACCUUUAUCUAAAAGAUAAGCUAUUCCUAAGAUAGGAGAUAGAGCUAAAUCUGGUAAAGCUAAAGAAGAAUAAACUUCUUCUGCUUAAUAACCAAAUAAAAAAGAUAAAAUUUAAAAACUUAUAUUAUAUUAUUGUUAAAUCUUAUUACUUUAAAGAAGAUAUAAUGAAUGUCUAAAAUUUAUUAAUUGGGCUUAUUAAUAUUUUUAUGGAGAUUUAUUAUUCACUGCUAAUAUAAUCAAGACAAAAGCAUGUGUAUAUUAUAUGCUUAAAGAACCAAAGAAAUCUUAAUAAGCAUUUAAAUAAGCAAAGGAAAUGUUUAUUAAAAAAGGAUGUACUCUUGGUGUUGCAUGUUGUGAAGCUGCAAGUGGUUAUAUAUCAUUAUAAGAACGUAGUUUACUAUAAGCAAAAGUUAAUUUUGAAAAUGCACUUUAAUUUUAUGAAUAAUUAAAUCAUGAUUUUGGAAAACAUUUCUUAAAUAGAUGGUUACUUUUAGUUAAAAAUAAAAUAUCCAGUCUUAAAAAUGAUAGAGCAAAACAUAUUUAAUAAGAAAAAAUGUUGAUUGAAAAUCUUAAAUAAGAAUUUAAAAAGGGAAUUAAAGUUGAUAAUCUUAUAUAAAAAAAACACAAAGGAGGAGUCUUUAUAUUAAGAUGGCUAGGAGAUACUUUAUCUAUAUUUAUUGAAAUUGCUACUGUUGAAGAUUCAAAAUAAAAAGAUAUUAUGAGUAUUUUGAGAGUUGUUGAAUAAAAUCCAAUUACAAAUUAUAAAAGAAAUUCAAAAAAAUCAGAUGAAAUAGAAAUCAGACCUACAACUGUUACUAAUGCAAAACCAACUAGUUCUAGUAGUAGUACAGCCACUCUUAAAAGAUUUUAUAAAAUAUAGAAACCUCCUGUUAAUAAUAAAUAGUUAAAUGAAAUAGUAGAAAAUGCAUAAUAAGAAGAAGAUCCAAUAAAUACAUCUUUAUAAUAAUUAUAAAAAUAAUAAUAAUAAUAAUAAUAACAAUAACCAUAAAAAUCAUAAGUAAAGAAGAAUGUUCAAUUAUAAAUGAUGCCUUGCCAAAAAAAAACUACAAAAAAUUAAUGA